GUGGGCCGGCGGCCGCUGCUGCUGCAGCGCUGCCUGGCCAUCCAGCUGCACAAGCUGCCCGCCCUGGGGCAGCCGCCGCCGCCUCCGCCUCCACAACCGCCCCCGGCCUCCGCCUCUGAGUUUUGGAUGUACGAGAGCGGCUACCUGCUCUUCCAGGGUUUCCUGGAGGCAAACCUGAAGUGCUUCUGGAACGCGUCGCUGCUGGAGGCGAUGCGACAGCUACAGUUCCAGGGCUACGUGUCACCGGGCGUGCUGCUCGUGUCUGCCGGCGCAUGCGCUCUAGAGGUGGUGCGUUCCGCCUGGGCGCGCAACGUACUGCGUCCACCGGCCAACUACUCCAUCUCCGCUGUCGGCGACGUGGACAGCUGCGGGCUGUCUCCGCUGGUGCAGGGGCAGUUCACGCCGCUGCCCGAGGCGCUGUGCUGGGUCAUCCUGGAACUGCAGGCGGCCGGCCAGCCCGCCGUGCCCGAGCGCAUCCGCUCGGCGCUGUGCCACGCCUUCCCCGACAUGACGCCGCCCACGCAGGAGAACGUCUACGACGCGCUCGCCGCGCUCACCGCCGACCGCAAGGUGUACCAGACGUCGCAGGGCUACUUCGUGGUGACGCCGGAGCGCCGGAGGCGGCGUCACAGCCACAGCCGCAGCCGGUCGGAGGCGAGCGGGGGUGGCGGCGGGCUGCUGGCGGGCGCGGGGGCAGAAGAGUCGGUGCCGCCGCCCACGCCGGCGUCGGGCCGCCAGAUGUUGCUGUCCACCGAGGAGGCGCUGGCGCUCGUGCACGGCGAGAUGGCGACGCUGCGCGACGGCGACGUCACGCACCAGGCCGUGCAGACCAACCUCGCCGACGUCGUCUGCGGUGGCAACCCGCACGACAAGGUGCUGUACGCGCGCAGCGCUCCCCGCCGCAGCCAGUCAGCGGGUCCGCCGGGCCGGCUGGAGCGCCGACACUCGCUGCGGCUGCUGGGGUCCCGCCGGCUCGCCUCGUCGCUGGUGCGCUGCGGAUCCCUCAGGCACCUCCCCGCGCGCAACGCCGCGGACUCACAGCCCGAGACUGCUUCGCCACCGAAGAAGGGCUCGCUGCUGUCGCGGCUGUUCCGGCGCAGCGGGCGCAAGCAGCGGCAGGCCGGCGAGCUGUCCACGUUCUCGGCGCAGUUCCCACCCAGCGAGUGGUUCAACCCGCGCGUCGUCCACCUGCACUCGGUCGGCACGCAGACGCGCUCGCCCACGCCCUCGCUGCUGCACGCUCCCGCCACCAGGGGCGCUGGGCCGGAUGCACAGUCACAGACGAGCUUCCCGAGUGGAGUGUGCUGGACGGACGAGGAGCCAGCGACGCUGCCACGGCGCCAUCGCCACAGGGAUCGGGACCGGGACUCGGCAUCGGCAUCCGCUUCCAGCCUGGGGAACACAGCAUCAGCGUCUCCUGCGGGUACACCAGCGCACGUGCUCCAGCAGCGACGUAGCAGCACCAGCAGUGGUCGCCCACGACACCGCUCGCCCAGUGCACAUGCACACAGCUCCACAUUACCGCGCCGCUCGGGCUCGGGGAACCAUAAGGCAGACUCCAUCUCGAGAGCAGCCUCUCGUGGUUCCAUACAGCCUGCAGCCACUGGAAGUGGUAGCGGAUGUCAGCCACCCUCUGUGGCCAGCAGUAGCUCACCAUCCUCACAGAUAUCAGUGGUUGCAGCUCGGCCCUUGCCAUCACGCAAGUCGAGUGCCAGUGGCUCUCCGGGUAUGUCAACCCCUAGCAGCAGUACUCGCAGUGCAAAAGCGUCACCUGUACACCUCAAAACUACAUCAACCACAGCAACAGCGAGUGAAUCUGGGUCACCGAGUCGUGUCGUGACCGCAGGGAAAAGUAACAGUCCACCUUCCAGUUCGAGCAACUCCAGCCAGUGUCAGUCGAGUGGCGGCCAGGGUUCUGUGACCUCUAGUGCCACUAUCAGCAGUGGUGGUAGUGUUACAGUCACCUCAGAGACGCCUACUGCCACUGCCACCACUACCAUCAAUGGUACCAACACCAAGAUCUAUGUGCAACAACAAAAUUCACCUGUACGAUCCAUCAUAACUUUUGAGAAUAACUUUGCUGGUAGUAAUGGCACUGAUAGACGGACCUCCACACCAGCCAAGGAAAUUCUUAUCAUUAAUGGCAAAGCACCAGAAACUACAACAGCUAAAGAGAAGGUGUCACCACAACGCCCAAAGCUGGAGAGGCCAACAUCGCUCUACACACCUCGUGAAGCAGCCAAAGAAGUUACUCCAGAAGUUUCCAAAUUCCCUUCAGUCGAAUCCUUACCAGGGACACCUACCAUUACCCGCCAGAAGCUUACUAAUAUGACUAACAACUCACUACCUCCUAACAGGAAUGGAACUACUGAUGACGCAACUAAUUUGCCACACCCAAACUCCCAACCGCCCUCCACACCACUGACUUCUGACCUCAACAAUGCUCGUGUGCUCAAAGCAGCCAUACAGUCUUCUGUGGACAGCCUCAGUUACAAGAAUAUGAUUGGACGAACUGCAUCAAAGAAUAAUUUAUACAGUAACCCCAGCAGUCCGACAAAGAGCUUUGGAGGCUCAUAUGGCAACCUUUUCAUUGAAAACCUGGAAGGAGCCAACAAACUGAAUCAUCAAGAACUCUUCUCCAGCAUGAAAAACCUAGAUGAGAACGCAGGCAGUAAGGAGCAGCUGUAUACGUACCCCAGUCUCAGUGACCUCACAGUUCACUUUAAGUCCAUUGCUGCCCAGAAAAUUCUUAAAGGUAUUAGCAUUAAUAGUGUUGACACCCUUGUUGAAGUUAACAUGGCUGCUGCAGAGAAGCAAAAUAACCGUGAUGUCACAGUGCACACUGAUUUUGGGGUUGUUUAAAAUGUAUUAUAUUUAUUGAUACAAUAGUUGCUUUGAGUGCUUCUUUAUGGAUUCUGGUAUUACCAUAUAAAAGUUCAUGUGUGCAGUAAAAUCAUAUUUAAACAUGGUCAAUCUGCUAGGUUUCACAAAAUUGUGUACAUGUUAUGAAUUAUUCAAAACUAAAAUAUUGUUACUAUGUAUGUGACAUGUUGCCUUAAUUAAGUGUCAUGUCUGUGCCUUGUGCAAUAAGUUAGUCUGAUUAUCUGUAGUACAGUGAUAGGGUAUUUAGCAAAUUUACUGUCUUGUAGGAGUGAAAAAACACUUAGCAUGGUCUUUGAAACUUCACAAUGUAAAGCUAGUUUUGUCCUAAGUUUAAAUCUUCUGCUUUUCAUUGUUCUAUUCCACAACAAGUGAGAAACACUCUCCUUUGAAGAACCUUACAUCCCAUUCUCCCUGAUACAUAAUAUUUUAGUUAAACAUAUUCACAUUGCAAUAACUGUGUACAACUAAGUCUGCUGUAUCUGAAACAACUAGUACUUAGACAGUAUUGUUAGUAGCAUAGCAUUUGCUGCAAUUUUAAAUGUUGAAAUAUUUAGUACAUGAAAUGAUUUGAAAACCUAUUUCAGCAAUUUUGUUCAAUUGCUGUUACUCACAGAAAAUUGGUUUCCUUCACAUACCUUUCACUAAAGCAACAUGGGAAGUAUUUAUUAAGAUAAAUUCUUAUCGCAAAUGAGUUUCAUUCAGUAACAGUGAUUAGUUAUUUUGAACCAGCUGAUGUUGAUGGCUGUAACAACUCUCUUGUGUUCAGAUCUAUAUAGAUACUAAUCUCAGAUUUGUUCUCAUUUAUUAUAAAGGGAUAGACAGUUUUUUAAUGUAACUAUCUUUUCAUGAUUCACUUGAUGUAAUGCUUCAUCAGCUAGAUUUCCUAUGCUAGGAUACCAUCUCUGUGUUGUGUCCUUAUUCCAAAAUACCAUAAGACCAUUUAGGGUUGAAAUCAAACAAAAUUCAUCCUCACAAAAAUUAUGACCAUUGUAGAAUUGACAGCAAUAGCUCUGGGAUGUGCAAAUUACAAAUGCGUGUGUUAUUUGAUUAUUCAUUUGAUUAUCUAGUAAAACUACAUUACUACAUGUGUGUGGACUGUAAUUACAGGGACCAACUAACAGUCAUUGACUUCAGCAUGAUGACAAUUAAACCUGGCAUUUUAUUAAAUAAAUAAAAUCAUGGUACAUUUUCAUGAGAGAAUUUAUUUUAUAUACAUAUUGAUCAGUAGAUAGACAUGUUCAAGGGAUAAGUACAUUUCUUUUAAAAUCUCAAUCUGAACAGACACUUUGAUGCUCAGGAAAAUUUGACAAUAUGAAUUUCACCUCUUUCUGAUGCUGAACUUUACCAGUGACACGUCAUGAAGAAUACAAUAGUCACUCAAGCAUUUCAUUGACAAUAAGGUACCUUUGUCACAGCAAACAGUCUGAUCAACAUCUGUACUAUUGUACUUGUAUAAAUAUGUAUGUUGAUGUUAUUACAUAAUUAUGGUCAAGUAAUAUUUGUAAAUGUAUCAAAUUAUUCAUUCAGUUUUUCUCUUUGACUUCAUCACGGAAGCUUAAGAUAAGCUCAUACUGCCUAAGAUUUCUUGCAUAUACACAGUUUUGCAAGAAACACGUGUUUUAUUCCCUAAGACAAAGAAAUAUCAGUAAAAUACGAUUAUAUAGACAUAUUUUCAGUGUUUUGUUGAGAGUCAGGUUUAUAAAUUUAUAUCUAAUAACAGUAAAGAAAUUCAGUGAUGUACAUUUACACUGAAGAACUAAUCCAAUUUCUCUUUUGUACAGCAACUGUAUCUCAAUUUCAAUGUUAAGGAUGUAAUAUCACACAUCCUUUCAGAUGUAUAGCUAUAUUAUUACCACACAGAAACUGUUAAAUGUGUAAAUUUCCAGGCAAAUGGAAGAAGGUUCAAGAUGAUGUAACAAAAUAUUUACACUUCAGUUAUGUGCCACAAGUAUUUACAUGACCCCGAUUAGUUAUGGUGUUUGAAACUAUUAUCACAGUAUAAAGCAGAACAGUGACACUAUAUGAUGUACCCAAAUGUUGCAUGUAUGGAUACCUAAUGAAUACUGAAGGAUAUAGGCAAAUGUUGUCUCAUGUGGAACCUCGAAAUAAAUUCCCUAGAACAUGUACUAGAGAGAACAAUAGUUUUAUUUAAACUCAAUGAGUACCUGUGUGUGCACUUUUGAGAACAUGAAGCACUCAAUAAAAUUCUCCUGUAGUCAAAUUUCAAUAUGGCUUCAUUCAUUUAAGCCCUGUGGAGGGCGGUAAUAACUGUAAUUAAAAACAUUACUUUAAGGAUAUCUACCUGCUACUUGCUUGUAAAUAUUUCCUGGCACUUUGCAGGAAUAAAAAUAAUUGUUAAAUUAAUAUAUUUCUGACUAAUCAUCAAUGAUUCACUUAUUAUUUUUGAGCAGAAUUGUGAAUAAGAUAUUCUAGUCUCCAAAUAAGGAGGACAACUAUGAUUUUUUUAAAACUAUUUCUGUUCAUUUCUUGAGUACUAUAUUUAAUCUUUGAGUUAUUAGACUGAAGGCAAUUGUAAAUAGCUGUCAAGUUGUACAGCUUCUUGGUGAAACUUUUUUUCAUACUGAAAAGUUACACACAAGGAGGAGGAAUUUGAGCCCUGUGACAGUUAUCUAAUGUAUUUUGUAUUUAAAUUUUGUACAUAAUUCCCAUCUUUGUAAACUUAAGGUGCCAAACAAUGUUAACUAGCUGUUGUGCAGAUCAUUAAUGCAUUUCUUAUUGCUAAUAUUUUCAUGUAUUACAGAUCUGUAAUAAAGUU